CAAAGGCCAAAGAAGAUUCAACUCAAGUUGCUCAUUCAAAGUUGAAACUUGAAACCUUACUCAUUCUUCUUCUCCACAAGACAAAGACCCCAAUUUAAGAAACAAAAUUAGAAAAUUAAAACCAUUUUUAUUUUUCAUUCCAUGGCUGCAAACGAAACUUCACCGUUUGAGAGCAGUGAGAUGCUGGCCAGGUUCUUGAUUUCUACGCCACUGUUGCCGGAGUCAUGGAGGUUGUGUAGCAAGGUCAACGCCUCCGCUGUCAACUUCCGCAGUUUUGUGGUGGAGCGUGUUGGCAACGUCGUGUAUGUAGCUUUCUCCGGCUUUCAAAUGGCCGGCGGGGGAUCCGAUCCGAGUUGGAGAACGUUGGAGCCUUUGGAAAGUAUUGGUGGAGUGCCGUUGUUUUCGACGCGUCGGAAUAAGGAAGAGGAGGAGCCGGUGAAGGUUCACUCCGGGAUGUUGAAUCUCUUUUCUUCCCUUUUCAACUCAAUCCAAAACCAGGUGCUGGGUAUUUUAGAAAAUACAGACGCAAAAUCACUUGUGAUCACUGGCCAUUCCAUUGGAGGAGCUAUAGCCUCUCUAUGCACUCUUUGGCUUCUUUCUUACAUCAAUUCCAUCUCUUCCUCGUUACCAGUAAUGUGCAUCACUUUUGGUUCACCAUUACUUGGUAACAAAUCAUUUUCCCAAGCUAUUUCCAGAGAAAAAUGGGGUGGAAAUUUUUGUCAUGUAGUAUCAAAACAUGACAUAAUGCCAAGAUUUCUAUUUGCACCUAUUACACCCCACACUUCUCAGCUAAAUUUCCUGCUUCAGUUUUGGCACUUCUCCAUGACUUCACCAGAAUUUGGAAAGCUUGCAGCUCAAGUUUCUGAGAAAGAAAAAGCUGAGUUGUUCACUGCUGUAUUGGAUUCUUUGGAAACUGCAACACAAAAUGGUGAAGCAGCUGAAGCUUCAGUGCCAAUUUUGUUUCAUCCUUUUGGAAACUAUUUGUUUGUUUCAGAAGAAGGUGCUUUAUGUGUGGACAGUCCACACACAAUUAUUAAGAUGAUGCAUUUGAUGCUUUCAACUGGUUCUCCAACUAGUAGUAUUGAGGAACAUUUGAAGUAUGGAGAGUUAGUUAAUAGGUUGUCUUUGGAAAUGUUGAAUAAGAAAAACAUUAUGCUUGGGAACAUUCCUAACUCAAGCUAUGAGGCAGGGCUUGAAUUGGCCAUCCAAUCUUCUGGUUUAGCAAAUCAGGAAUCUGCAGUGAUACCAGCCAAAGAAUGUUUGAAGUCGGCAAGGAGAAUCGGUCUAUCACCAGCUCUAAAAGCUGCAAACCUACCGUUAUCCUUAGCCAAGGUUGUACCUUUCAGAGCCCAAAUAGAAUUGUACAAAAGUAGGUGUGAUAAACAAGAUGAUCAAAUGGGAUACUAUGACACAUUCAAAACAAGAGGAUCUGCCAAAGUACACAUGGAAGUCAACAAGAUCCGUUACAAACUCGCUAGAUUCUGGGACAGCGUGAUUGAUAUGUUUGAAAAAAAUGAGCUACCACAUGACUUUGACCAAAGAGCCAAAUGGGUCUGCGCUUCACAAUUCUAUAAGCUUUUGGCUGAACCACUUGAUAUAGCUGACUAUUAUAAGCAAGGGAAGCAUAUGGAAAAGGGUCAUUACAUAGAACAUGGUAGAGCGAGAAGGUAUGAGAUUUUUGAUAGGUGGUGGAAGAAUAGAGAAGUUACUACUGGGGAAGAAAAUAAAGAGAGAAGCACAUUUGCAAGUUCAACACAAGAUUCAUGUUUCUGGGCUAAAGUUGAAGAAGCAAGGGAUUGGUUGAAUGGUAUGAGAAGUGAAAGCGACUCUAACAAGUUGGAUACAUUGUGGGGGAAAAUUGAAAACUUCGAGCAAUAUGCCAUCGAGUUGAUUCAAAAUAAGGAGGUGUCUAUUGAUGUUCUGGCUAGGAAUUCAAGUUACAGUACAUGGGUGGAAGAUUUAAAAGAGUUUAGACAAUUGAGAGCAAAUGUGCAGAGGUUUCCUCAACAGUUUGGACGAUUCCUUGACGGGGAAGUUGUUCCUUAGUACUUAAUUUGGAUUCAAUAAGCAACUUAUUGUGAGCAUUGUAUAUAUAAAAAAAAAUGCUCCUUCUGCUAAAUAACUCAUUUUAGUUAUGAUUUAUGAGUUAUGCCUUUAUAAAUGCAAGUUUCCUUUGUGUGUUAAGGCCUUAAGGGCGUUGUCAUUAAUUAUAUUAAGUGUUUGUUUAAUA